AUGACGACUAUUGGAAAUAUCGGUAUUGGCGUAAAAUUCCAGAGCAAUAUUUCUUGGAUAACUCUUGGUUCCACUACAGCUGUAACGAUACUGCUGUUGAUCAUUCCUACGGACAAGGGAAUACCUAUCGAAGAGUCUGAAGUUGUUAUGAACAAACUAGCGAGAACAUUACAAAUAUACAAAAGGACAAUUUCCACCAAUUCCUCUUUAAAAAAAAUCAUCACCAUAACGAACAACGAUGAGUUCUUAGCGAAAGUUAUGAACUCCAAGAAUCCGGUUAUAGUGAACUUUCACGCCGAAUGGUGCGAACCGUGCCAUAUUUUAACGCCAAAAAUGAAAGAACUGAUAGAACCCAGGACUGAUGUUGAUCUAGCAAUAAUCGAUGUGGAACACAAUCCCGAAUUGGUUCACACGUUCGAAGUCAAAGCGGUACCGGCCGUACUGGCUGUAAAAGAUGGACUAGUCAUAGACAAAUUCAUAGGAUUAGUCGAUGCGAAUUUAAUAGAUACUUUGAUUAAAAAAUUGGACGAAAAAAAGUGA